AUGGUUCGUGAAGUCAAUACCAGGCCCGAAAUUCGGGAAACGGAGGCGCGGCGGCGCGAGUUGGCUGAGGUUGCUCUCGCGGUGAAGCCUGAGGUGUACGGUUCCGGCGUAGAUGCCAUGUUGGACAGACAGCUUCAGGAACCUGUGGACAAUCGCAAAUCUUCUGGCUCCGGCGAAAUCAGCAAGGAGGUCUUGAUGGAUCCCAAGCCUCGUGAGGCUAUCGACCAGGGAUGGGUCGACGUUGGCGACGCCACGACCGAAGCGUCUCUCGAUACACAAGGUACAGGUACCGUUGAGCGAGAACCGAUCACCGUAAACGCUUCGAGAGCAGAGACCGACCUGGACAGAAAACUACACGAAAUCACUGCCCAGGGAUCCCUGAGUGAAAUACGGGAUCUUUUACAACAGGGAGCGAACCCAAACACGUUAUCCGCCCAAGGAACCCUUCCCCUCUGCGAACACGCCCGGCGCGGAAACAAGGACGCAGUCAAGUCACUCCUCGACCACGAAGCCGAUAUCAACCUAUCCGACGCGAGCGGUCGAACAGCGAUCUCAUACGCCGCGGAAACGACGGACCCGGCGAUGGCUCGCUUGUUGAUGGCGGUCCCGGGCGCAGACGUCAACCUCAAAGACGGGGAUCUUCGGGCGCCGGUGUGGUAUGCCCUCUGCGCGUGGAUCAAGUCCGGUCGGAUCUUUGUGCCUGAUACGGAUACAUUGUUUGUGCUUCUUGAGGACGAGAGGGUGAGGGUUGAAGAUGUCGAUGGGGAGGGGAGGGGGUUGCUGCAUCUUGCUGCUGCGGCUGGGGCUGCGGAUCUUGUGGAGUUUUUGUGUGGUAGGGGCGAUGUUGAUGUGAAUCGUCGAGAUGGGAGGGGACGUACUGCUGUUGCGUAUGCUUUGGGGUGGAAGGAUGUCGGGGUGCUUGGGGUGUUGUUGAAGUAUGGUGCUGGGAUCACGGUGGUUCAGGGGAAGGGGUUUGAGGUUGUUUCUCCGAGGCGGAGGAGAAGGUGGGUUGAAGGGCGAUGGUGCUAUGCUCGUAUCAUAGACUGA